AUGUCUUCCCACCCCACGACCUCCGAGGACUUCACGGCGGAGAGAGUUCGCUCAGUGGUGGCAGGCAUCGAACCCGCCGCUGGCAAGAACGUACAGGUGGCUCUGCUCGAAGAUGUCCCUCCAAUCAAGGCGCACAUCAAGCAGGUCGUUAUGCCGGCGCAGUCCAGUGAAGGCUGGUGCGUUGCUCUACACGAAAACGCAACACCUGAGGCGCACGUCGUAUACUUCGCCGAGCCCGGAUCUGCUCGUACGACACCACGCUGGCGCUGUGUGGUGCCCGAUAAGGCCGAAGCCGAAGAAGCCACCAAGCCGCGCCCCGCGAGCGAGACCGCAGUUCGCGCCCUCCUACCCCGCCUCGAGGCGGCAAUCAAUCCUACCUCAAAGUUAACCUGGGACCUUAUCGCACUCCCAUGUCCCCCUCAUCUCAUGGCCAUCCCCGAGGCCGCCCGAGUGCUCUUGCUCGCAGGCUGGAUGGCCCACUCCCGCCUGGUCGUGCAGAGCAAGCUGAGGCGGCUGGACAAGAUCCACUACCUGCCCGAAUGGAGGCAGGGGAUUGCAGAGCUCGAGAGCGGAUGCUGGUACGGUGCCGGGAUGCGGAUCGAGCUGACCCCGGCUCAGGCGCGGAAGCGCUCGUCGAGAGGGCAGUACCGACACGGCGUCAAUGCCCGACGUACUCAAGCUCUUCACCCGGCUCCUGUGGGGUAUCUGGGCAGCAGCCCUGCUCCUAGCGCGUUGCGCAACGUACCUCUACCUCGGGCAGCGGCUAUCGACGAGCGACCCCGUACUCUCGCGGCAGAAGAAGGUGACUUCGCGGGUGGUGCUCCUCCUCCUAGCCUGCCUGCUGGAGACGCAGGAGGCGUACAUCCCGCUACAGACCAUGAUCAACGUCUGGCUCGCGGCAAUGCAGUACGAGCACCAGUUUGGGCGGCGGUACCACACGAUCCACGAGCUGAAUGCGAAGUUGGAAAAGGCGCAUUGGGAGGAGAAGAAUGA